AUGUGGCCUACAUCGAGUUCUUCGAGAAGCUGCAGAACCUUCAGCAGGAGGAUCGGCCUCAUGAAUCUGGUCACCGACGUGACCUACGACUGCCUGCACGUGCUACUUGGGUCGGUGGACCAGGCGGUGCUCUCGACCUCUCACCGCACGGUGCUCAAGAACUUGGGCUACUGGCUUGGGCAGAUCACCCUCGCCCGCAACAAACCGCUCAAGAGCAAGCGGAUGGACAUGAAGUACGCCCUGGCCGACGCCUUCGAGAACGGGCGGCUGACGGCCGUGCUGCCCCUCGUGUGCAAGGUGCUGGAGGGCGUCUCGAAGUCCAAGGUGUACAAGCUGCCGAACCCCUGGACGACCGCGAUCAUGAGCCUGCUCGUGGAGAUCCACGACAUUCCAAACCUGCGGACGACUAAUUUGAUGUUCGAGGUGGAGGUGCUAUGCAAGCACUUGGACAUCAAGAUCGGCGACCUGAAGAGGACAGGGCGACCUCCUGGCGGCCAAGCGCCCCCCCGCGGGGAGCCACGACCUCAGCGCGGCGGCGCGCACCACGGCCACCGCCGCGGCGGAGGGCAAGCCCGAGGCCACCGACGACAAGCCUGCCGUGCCGGCCGUCAGCGGCGGCCUCCGGGCCGAGGCCGCGGAGUGCCGGCGCCCGCAGGACACGGAUGCCUCCCGGACCGGCGCCGCCGGCGCCCUGGGCGGCCUGCACGGGCUGGGCGCCCAGGGGCAGGGCCUGGGCGUCUACCAGGGCUACGCUGCAGGUGA